AUGGAUCACGGUGCAGUGCCGGAUGCAACUGAACGUGGCCAAUCCUCCUCAGCACUACAUGGUGCUGUGCGGCAGGGACAUGUGGACUGCCUGAAGGUCUUGCUGAAUCGAGGAGCCAACCGAGACCUUCGAGAUUCUAUGGGUCGAGAUCCUUUGCAUUGGGCCUGCUUCUGGGGUCAAACAGAAGCCGCCUCCUUCCUCAUCGAGAAGGGAGCCAACUUCGGGGAGGAGAACCGUGAUACCGGCAGUGGGGCGGGGCCCUUACACUGGGCGGCCUGGAGGGGCCACCGGAAAUUGGUGGCCUUUCUGAUUGAGCAAAAGGCCGAUCCAAAUGGACGCUCCUUGCAGCGGAACACCCCCCUGCACUUCGCGGCAGAGUCCGGGCAUUUGGAGAUGGUGAAGGAUCUCUUGGCGUUCGGCUCCGACCCCGAUGCCCUCACCGACAUGGGUGAGACGCCCCUGACCUUGGCUCGAGCACGCAUCGAGAAGGGACACUCGGCACCAAACCUGGCACAACCGACGUGCGGAAAUCACACAGAGGUCGCCAUCUUCCUGGAAGGCAUCCAGACGGAUCGAGAAAGCAUCGUCAUCUCACCUGACCAGGCCGCCGCCUUGGUGCCGGAAGAAGUGCAGGCCAAAGGGAUCGCUGAAUCAAUUUUGCCGCAUCCCUUUGGGGCUGCACGCCUUCUUUUGGAGAAGAUGCGCCGCCGGCCACGAUCCGGCAAAGCAGCUCGUUCAGAGGCACCCAGUGCCAGACCGGAGGUGCAGGAAGAGCGCCUUCGGCUCAAGGAGGUGGUCGAAGAAGUCUUAUGGGUGGCCCUCCUGCAGGUCCGCAGCUGUCCAAAGCAAGGCGGCCUGCAGGAGAGGUUGGGAAGCUUGUUGAUCUCGACUAUUGGACCUGCCUUGCGGCCUGUGGCCCGCCGGUUGCUGGCUCCUGGUCAGGUGCUCCCACGGCGCCUACGGGCCGAGUUUCCAAAGCUCGCUCGACAUCUCUGCUUCCGCGACUCGGAGGACAUGGAGGUCCCCGUGUCCUCUUGGCAAGAUGAGGACCUGGCAAUGCAUCUCCGCUAUGCAAGGGAGUGCCGUGACACCAUGCUAGCGAUGGACCUGACCAAGGAUGCCGUUGCCAGGCUGGUUGAAGGAAAUCGGGAGUUUGGACUCCAGCCAGCAGAAGGGUGA